GUACAUUAUUCUUUUUACAUCGGAUCUAAAUCGAAACAAAUCCGAACAAUAGAGACCUUCUAAAUUGAAAUUUUUUGUUAGGGACUAACCAUGCAUAUUAUCUCAAACCACAGGGACUAUUGUGUAUUUUACCCUAAAUUAUAUUAACGAUAAGUGGAACUAAAGUCAAAAGUUUUGCCGGUUAUAAUGAGGAAAACAUCAUUGGACACGUAAGCUUCUCAACGAUGGCGGGCUCCAGCCCAAAUUGUUCAAGUUCAACCUUCCGCAGAAUAGAAGCCAUCAUUGAAAUUGUACUGGAAUAUCGUAUAUACUUUUCUCCCUUCGACAAAAUUCCUUUUUAUCCCUUAAUCUCUUUCAAUCAUCAAAAAUUUGGAUGCAUUAAUCUGCCAUUUUCCCAACCCUAGUGGCGCUUUGGACCAUCUUUGUCGUUGUUUGCUACAGUCAUGGAGCUUUUUCAAGAGUUGCUGUUUACAAUCUCUUUCUCUCUCAUAGUCUCCUUGUUAAUCGCAAAGCUGUUUUCAAUGUCAUCAAGUUGUGAUGAUGGGGCUUCAACCUUAUCGAAAAGCGUUGAAGAAAAGAUCGAGAGGGAAUGGGUUGUUUGUGAUUCUGAGAAAGAGGAGAAAUCUGGGUACUUUGAAGAUGCUGUGAGAGUUAGCGAAGAUGUUCUUUUCGGAUAUGCAGAAGCUGAAUUCUUAACAGAGUAUGUGAUCGAUGACCCGAAAAGUGUCGGUGGCGUCGGUGAGAGCUACGUGUUCGACGAAAGUCCUGAGAGAACCGAAUCUAAAGAUGCUGCUGCUUAUUCGGUGAAAAGCGAUGAGGGUAAUGUGGUGGAUCCUGUUUUGGCUAGUGAUAUGGGAUCAUCAAUACAAGAAGAUUGUGUGAAAUCCAUUGAAGCACUACAUGAAUCAUCUUCCUCCGUUGACGAGAAUUAUAUGUUCGACGAAAGUCCUCAGAGAGCCAAAUCCAAACAAGAUGCUGUUUAUAAAAGUGGUGAGGGUAAUGUGGUGGAUCCUGAUACGCGAUCAACAACAGAAGAAGACACUAUGAAGUCCAUUGAAGAACAGCAAGAAUCAUCUAGCGCCGCUGAUGUGCGCUAUGUGUUCGACGAAACUCCUCAGAGAACCAAAUCCGAAGACGACGCUGUUUAUUCGGUUAAGCCUGUUUUCGCCAGCGACAUCUCAUCAUCAACACAAGAAGAUUGCAUCAAAACUAUUGAAGAACACCAUGAAUCAUCUGCCAUUGAUGUUGGCGAAGUGAAGCUUGAGGAGAGAGAAGGGGUUUUUGACGAUGAUUGGCAGGGAAUUGAGACAACAGAAUUGGAAAGAAGAUUCGGUGCUGCUGUGGCGUUUUUGGGAUCCAAAAUUGAUAGGUUAAAUUUGAUUGAUAAUGAAGUGAAGAUGCAGUUUUAUGGGCUUCAUAGAGUCGCCAUUGAAGGACCUUGCUUUGAAUCCCAACCCAUGGCUCUCAAAGUCUCUGCUCGUGCUAACUGGAACGCAUGGAAACGUUUAGAGAAUUUAGGGAGAGAGGAUGCAAUGGAACAAUACAUUGCUCUUCUUUCUCAACACAUUCCCGAUUGGAUGGGAACUCAUGUUUGUGAAGAUGAUAGUGUGCAAUGACAUGGAGUUGUUUUAUGGGUGGAUCUCGGCUCCUUGGCAAUAUCUCUCUCUCUCACAUUAUUCGAUCUAAUUGGAAGAAGAUGAGUUACCUUAUUUCAUCAAUAGUCGAGUGAUAAUAAUAAAUGUUUAUUUGUAAAUAAUGAACUUGUUAUGUUUGCGUUUAAUUUAGUGUUAUUGUAAGUAUUAUUGUUGAUGGUGCUCAUGUUCAAUAGAAAAUGCUCCCUUUGCUUUAUCUGAUUUACAUCUAAUAUAAUGCUUUUGGGACAAAAAAUGUUGACUAGCUUUUGGUUUUUUGGAUGAAUAACAUUAUGUUUGAGCU